CACUCUACUAAACUCUCCCUAAACACAUCGGCAACUCACCUAAUUAGGUCUGGAUUUUUUCCCGAAACUCCAUUCGACUAUUGAACUGUUUUGGAUCUGUCACGCCCAACGUCGAACUUGUUCGAUUUCAAUGGGUAUUUCUAUGAAUUGCUAACGAAGCAUCGAAGACUAUAAAACUUACUGAGCUGUGAAUCGAACGAACAGUUCACCAGCAACAAUGCAGCCAGCUAUUUUCUAUACGAUUGUGUUGUUCGGAUUGGGAUCGGUGGCAAUAGAGGCACGCCCCUUCAACAGUGCAACAGAAGAUCGCUCGAUCACAUCUGACGCAAAGAAUAAGUCGAAAAUUGGAGUUCAUAUGGAUAUUUCUGAGGAUAUGGCAGUUGAUAAGGAGAGAACAGUGGAACCCUUAAUACCAAACUCUGCAACAAUAAGCCCCAGCGUAAUGGCCAGGGCUCAACAAGAAAACGAUAAGGAUACAACAACAACAAGCCCAGUAAAAGCCAAGUCCUCAACAAUUUUCCCAACGAUUACGAUUCAACAACGGAUUGAUGAGGAUGCAUCAACUGCAAGAAAUACCCUUAUGGAGCCCAUAGAAGCCAAGUCUUCUAUGACCAGCGCCAGCCCGAAGAUCAGCGCUGCAACAGUGUUGAAUAACGGCAAAUCCAGUCAAAGCAAGACAGCAGUGGAAACCUUGAAGUCCAGUUCCGCAUCAACAACAACAACUGAUAUGACACCGCUUGGAAUUGAGCCCAGAUUGAGUGUUACGCUCCUAAAAAUUCUAACACGUGUCGGCUAAGUUCAUUCACAAUAAUAAUCUCUUUAAUCAGAUAAAGUCAAUUACAUAUGCCAAUUAGCUGCAUUUGGAAUGGGAAUUAUCUAAGAGCUUACAUCAAUUAUAUCAGAAUGUACUUAAUAUAAGUCUAUAUAGUAUU